AUGGGUAGCAAAGAUUUUAUAAUUAUCUAUGCUAAUGACUUUACCGCGGACGAUGGAAUGAAAGAUUGCUCCACUAAUUAUGCAUUUUGUAGAGCAUCUAGUCAUGAUUUACCAGACGGCAUGACAUAUUGUACUCACAUGAUAGUUCAGGGUCACAUCGGGAGUAAUAAUCGAUACAUCGAAGCCAGUGACACUGCAUGUUUCCAUCUUCAUGGCAACGUUUUUCAUUGGACUUUUGAUCAAAUAGAUUGUCAUGAUUAUUGUUAUCCUGACAUUGUAAUUAAUCCAACUACUCCUGAAGAUACUCAUUCUAAUUUUAAUACUCAUGAUCCUCAACGAAAUAUGAAUUUUCCUACUACAUAUGAGGAACUUAUGGCUGUACACCGAGAAAAACUUUUGGAUUUAAAUCUUACUCUUUGUUGA